CAGUCCCCCCCAUCAGUGGUAUCAGACCUGCUGGUGCUGCUGGGGUCCACAGGCUCUCUCCUCCUCCCUCUCCCCUCUUGUAAUGGGGGGCUGCGUGCAGCGGUGAAGUCACAGUGAUGUCAUUUGAGGAGGUGAGGGAGUAGGGGGCAAGGUGAGCUGGUCUUGCAGUGAGUGGUGCCGCCCCCUCCACGGCAAGCGUUGUCUGUACAGAGGCGUGGAGCGGCGAAAGAUGGUCAUCGCCACCGGCACCAAUCCAAGUUGCGACGCCUUCUGUUCUCCACUUGUUCAGAUCUCGGGCCAUGGGGCCCUGAUCUACAUUGACCCAAAAACUCUAACCCUUCACAGCCAAUAUGCCAGAGGACAGAAGAUAAGAAGAGUUGCUUUUUCAGGGCAGGUAACUUUAACCAGGUGCCCCAAAGGUAAACUGGAUGGCCUUUGCGCAAAGGUGUCACUACAGCAUGCGCAGCGGGGCCAGGACGCACUGGACUUUGCCAGCAGUUAUUGUUUUGUGGACUUCUCUGUGGGCAAUCGCUUCCUCUUUUCCGAUCCCACACAGGACUAAUGCUACUUUGUUAGAAAGGAAGUGGGAGACCCUUUUCUCCCGCUCCUACCUGGGUAUAAAUGGGGACAGAUCGCAGCUGAACUGGCAGAGCGACUACUUGCAGGGCAUCAAAAGAGUGCGGCGGCUGUACUGCAACGUGGGCAUUGGGUUUCACCUGCAGGUGCUCCCUGAUGGCAGGAUAAGCGGUGUGCACAGUGAGAACCCAUACAGUCUGAUAGAGAUCUCCACCGUGGACCGAGGAGUGAUCAGUCUGUUCGGGGUGAGGAGUCAGCUGUUUGUCGCAAUGAACAGCAGAGGAAGGUUGUACGGAACGAGAGUCUUCAAAGACGAAUGCAAGUUCAAGGAGACGUUGCUGCCGAACAACUACAACGCCUACGAGUCUUUUGUUUACAAGGGCUUCUACAUCGGCCUGAGCAAGCACGGCCGCGUAAAGAGAGGCAACAAGGCGACCACGGCCAUGACUGUCACACAUUUCCUCCCGCGACUAUGAAGGAAGCUGACUAUUUCAUAGAAAUUUGCACAUGCGGAUGUUCCUCCAGGUAACAUAUAUGUAGAAAUGCAAAGGCCUGACAGACACAUCCAUGAACUGCGAAGGAAAAUACAAAUAUUUAUUCUGUUAUACAUAAAUAUUUAUGUGUAUAUUUGGAUAGGUGCGUUUGUAAAUGUAUGCCAAACUGAGCUGCUUAUUGUUAUUUUUUUUCUGGACAGGGUGAGUCAAAGCCUUUUUUCCCUGUUCCACCACAUUGGUGCUUGCUGUAACUGAACUACACACCACUUACUUUUCUGUGAUGGAGGAUGAGCUAUAUGCUGUGCUUUUAAGAGUGAAAUUAAUACUUUUUAUUACCUCAACGAACCACUUCACUAGAUGAAGGAAUGCAUGGACUUCUGCUCAAAUGUCUGUUUAUCGUUUUAUUCAAACCUUUAAAUGCUUGAUGGUUCACUGCUCAAUUAUUGAUGUCCAGCAGUGGAGAGGAGGAAAAUUAAAUGCACUACUUUUUUUCCUGCACGAUUUAAAGGUGCCUUGGUGUUCCCACUAGCUGGCCCCCGUUAAACUUCUGUGAAAGAGACACCCGGAGGAGUCAGAAAUAGGGCUGACACUCCAGAGAGGCCCUCAGAAAGGGGAAAAGGUGGGAUCGGCUAUCUCUGGUUUAUUUUCUUUUCUGUAAUUAGAUCGAUUAAGUAAUAAACAAUCUGUGGUUGAGACCAGAGAAUGGUCAGCCAUAGAGACUGGCACAAGGCCGUAUGUUUUACUGCGUAGCAUAUCCAGUAAGCAAACAGGGUGAAAAACCAUAUGUGCUGCCGCAUGGAGAAACUUUUUGGAUCGGACCUGGCUUGCUUCUGCACAAUUAUCGACUGAGUGGACAAAGGACACACAAAAGCUGCUGCACAAUGCCUUUGAAAGAGCCCCAGCAGUAGAGUGGGCUGCUGUUUUUGAAAUGCAAAGCUUUUAGCUGCUAUUAAAAGGAUGAAACAAAUGGAAAACAAUGUAAAUAGCUGCAAGUUUGAAAGACGAAUUUUUGUUGCACGAAAAUACAAAGGCUGCACAAGAAACCAGCAAUGAUGCUACUUAUCCAUUCGCUUUCUUUACAUUUUCUUUGGGAAUUUGGAAUAUUUUGAUGCUCUAGGUGUUUUUUUUUUUUGCAGUCUUUCCAUCUUUUCUGCAGUAGCACUGCAGUGGCACAUCGGUGAAUAGAGCUAGAGCUAAAACAGGUCUAAAUGCAAUUAUAGAUUAAUCAGUUUUUGUGCAUCGAAGACUAAAAGGAUAAUGCAGAUGAAAAAAUGGAUGCAAAGCUUAAGUUUUACUGCUAAUCCUCUACAUUAAGGGGGUAAAACGAUGGAGGAGUUUAGCUAUACUAGCAGCAGUUUGUUCAUGUUUUGCAGACUCACAAAAUGGGUAUUCUUGUUCAGUAUUCCAAAGAUAUUUUUCUUGCCUCGUUCUCUGAAUUCCCAAGACUCCUCUAGAGGGGAUCUACUUGUAGUUCCUGCAGCUGUUACCUGCUUCAUUCCUGUGCGACAGGAAGCAGGACUAUUUAAACCCAGGAAAGACGUGUGUGUGUGUGCAUGGAGUCCGCACGCUGUCUUUGUUUGUCAAACCACCGCCUCCUCUGCGGGAAUGUGGCUCUGUCAGGAUGACAGGGACGCUUCCCCACAUACCUGAACCCUUUGACGGGCCGCACUGUCCACCUCUGCCUGUUUGCUAACCCUAACCUUCACCCCCACAACUCACCCCCUGCAGGGUGGAACCUUUCAGAUUCCUGUUUUAACCUGUGAGCUUCUUCCUCGAAUAUUAGCCUUUUUUAGUUCAAGGUCAGAGUCGUUGAGCUGUCUUUGGUUCCACGCCUGUGGUCAGGGUGGUCUGUUGUUCACAACAGGAAUUUAAAUCAUCUUUUAUGUAUAAAGUGUAGAAGUACUUCUAUCCCUUUAUGUGAACUUUUCAACAAUAUCAGAUGAGAGAUCACCACAAAGUAGAGCUUAAUUGUAGAGUGGAAUGAAAACUGACAUCCAUUUGGCUCCCAUAAGAAAAUUAAGACAUUGAUGAUGCCUUUUUGUGUUAUAUUGGAGCUUAAUUCAUCUUUCCAUAAAUGCUAUCUGCCGAACAAACAUCCCCACAGCAAGAUCCUGCCACUACCAUGUCUUAUACUGUAAAUUAUAUGUUCAGUUAGUUUCCUGCUAAACUUAGUCAGAAAGCUAAACAUUUUCGUUCUUCCACGUGUUUCCUGUUCACUAAAACAUGCAAACAGAUUAUGUGUUUUUCUUUACACUGAAGCUUUCUUUUUGCAACUUAUCUCUAAGAUUUUCGACAUGGGUUGGUAGGUUUGUAGUUGUGUUGUAUUCUGUCCCUUUUCAGCUGAUGGAUUGCACAGAGCUCCAGGAGAUGUUUUUAAAACACUCAACACUUCCAUAAACUUCUCCAUAUCUUUAUGUCAGAACCCUGAGAUUAAGAUAAAAAAACAUACUACUAGCACUUUGGGCUGU